AUGGCCAGUCAUUCAGCUCCACGGGCUCCGGGCCUCCACACGCCCACACAGUCCUUCAGCGACUCUAUGCAUGAGCUCACCAUCCCGCGCUCACACUUGGACCCCAACGACAAGAAGAAGCAGAAGGACGAGAUGGAGGCCGCCAAGUCUCGUCUUAUAGACCCGAAAUUUGACAUCCGAACUUACCCGGACCCGCUUCUACCAAGAGAGACCGCUCCUGAGAAGUUCAUGCCCCAAGGCCUGACGGAGGAGACGGAGAAGCACCUUCUAGAUGUCAUUGCAAAGACGAAAGCAGCGCAAUCAUGA